GCAUUAGUUUGAAUGGGAAUCGGCGCGACUAGACCAAGCGAGGUUACUAUGCAGUCAGUACCAGGCAGUCUUGUGGGGAGAAUGCAGCUAGAGGAGUCCGAGCAUUAUUGCACUUUGAUGAGCGUACUUGCUUUUUAGUAUUGUUUAAGUAUAGUUAGUUAGCUCUAGCUAUUCCUUAAGCUAUUUUUUAACACGGAAUGUUACAUAGCUCAAUCAUUUCACUGAUGUGUUAAACCUCUGUUAUGAAGUGAGCUAAUUUUAAAAGCUAGCUAGCAGGCUGGUUAGCUAACUCCGCUAGCUUGCUAGCAUAUUAGCUAUAGCCACAUGUUAAACUAAAGUCUCCGUCCUCUUCGCCUCUACGCAGAUUUAUAUGUCGAUAUGGCACGUAGGAAAGAAGUAUUUCAAUCAAAAGUACUCCAGAGGCUUUACCCUGCAGCUCUCAAACUGGAGAAGGAACCCUGCCCACCAAGCAUUGUAGAUGCCUUAUCCAAAAAAAAACUAUGUGAAAAGACAAGACUCUCAACAGGACACUGUCAUUGGAGAUGCAGGGACGACACAGAGCGCAACCAAUCAGGGCAGGCGGAUGUACACGGUCCUACCUCCUCCUGCAGACUACAAGACAGAUUCAGAGAAACCUGUCACACUCCCCCAGUUAGAAAGCAUAAAUACUGCUGAGGACCCAGCUGAGGAGAACAUCCAUGAUAGCAACGAAGAACUAGACCAAGAUAAAGAGGAAGUAGAACAUAAAAGAAAAAGGAGGAGAAGGAAAAGGAAACUAACCCUCCAUCAAGACUCUGGGAAAGAUGGAGCAGCUUCAGUGAUUGAGCGCAACACCGUGGAUGAGGGAGGAGAGCGCAUUAACAGGAACAAGAAGAGGAACCUGAAGAAGAAACGGCACAAAGAGAAGCUGCUCUCCAUGGGUCUGAUGCCCCAGGCCGCUGCCCUGGAGUUCACAUACCGAAAGGAUGGGGGGGAGGAGGAGGAGGAGGAGGAGGAGGAUAAUGAGAGGAGAGCUGUUGAGGUGUCAGACUUCCUCAGGACAACAAUGGAAAUCUAUAUGUCAGAUUCCUCGUUACGUGUAGACAAGCUUCCCCUCCUGUCUGGGACAGUGAAUGACCUUCUGAGCAGCAUAACCCGCGGAUGCCAUCCCACCUCUGUCCUGAAGCAGCUGUACCGUCUCAAGGCCUUUGUUCAGCAGCAGGAGACAGACAAACUGGGAAAGGCACUGGAGGAGCUCCGCAACACUUCUCCUAUGUCUGCAGAGGAAACCACUGCGGUCGUUUCACUGUUCCAAUACUGGAUCACAGACAUUCUUCCCAUGCAGGGAGACAAGAAGACAGGGCUUUCUACGACGCACCCAUGACAACCCAGGCCUACCACAAUGUGGCUGUGACGCCUCCAGCUGAGAGGACCAUGCCCGGCAUGGCUAUGCUGCUGGGGGCUGUGGGGAUCGGGUUGUGUGGCUACAGCUCCAGGCAGUUGGCCCUCUACCACCGGCCCUCCGCCCGUGUGCUGCAGUGGAUUGGCACACACACUGAUGCCAGCAUGGUGUGCACAGUGGCCAAUAGGACCCCCUUCCUGGAUGUUAAUCGCCAGGCUGUUGCUUGCCAGGAGAUCCCACCUCCCUCCUAUGUGGGCCAGAAAGUCCCUGUGAAAUAAUACCCUUUGAUGCUAGGUUGGGUAUAGAUUGGCCAUCACAUAGGUUGAGCUCCAGUAACUACACUUAUGCACAACUAAGAUUGUAGCUAUGCUGGCCCCCAGUGUGGCCCAUGUGCUCUCUGAUGAUGUGCAAGUGUGGAUAUUUGACAGACCUCAACCUUUGUGUUCGCAGGGAGUUAGAGGUCUUAUAGUAAUAAUGAAUUCUGUAACUAGUGCAACACAUAUAAAAGUAGCUGAAAUUAUUAGUGUGGAAUGCUAUUGGAUUGUAUCAAUUACUCACAAAUAGAGUAUGUCAUGCACUGAGAGGGCACAAAGCAAUAUGAAUGAUUGGAUGACUACGUAAUGAUGCUGGAACUUCCCAUAUGCUUUUGAAUGUAGCUUGAAGGAGCUAACGUAUUUAAUUUGGAGACAUUGUGUGUCUUUUUGAGGCCUGGCGUAAAGGGACCGACGCUUGGCAGUGUCCCUCUGUACACAGAUGGUUGGCAACUCUCUCUCUGUCCCCUCCCCUUCCCUCCCCAGGCAGACAGCCAUGUGUAAGUGCUUGAGCACCCCAUCCCUGCCUAUGACUUCAAUUGAUUGCCUCUGAGGAGUUGCAGGUGCCAUCAAUCAACAAGCUUUGGCGUUUGCUGGCGCCGCCUGGUCACUGGCUGUCAAUCAAGAAACGAUGGAGAAAGACACAGGUUGGCUUUGUGGCUGAAACAGUGACUGGUGCUUCCUGGGCUCAGAAAAGUAAAAUUCUCCAAGGGUUUGGUCAAGGUGGUGAAAGAAUAGCUGAGUGGCAGGGCGUUUUUUUUCUGGAUUGAAACCUCUUCUUUAAAUAGAAUAGAAGAAAGUUAAGUACAAUUGAUAUCACUACCCGAGUCGCACAAACAACACAAAUAUACCUUGCUGGAUUAUGAAUCCUAAUUUCCCUUGACCGAGCCACUGCGGGUGGCAGGCGGGCAAGGUAGAAUGGUGAUUACUCCUGGAAAAGCCUGUGUCCUUUGUGCGGCUUAACCCAGGUGGAAAAAUCAUUCCUGGCAACAUACGACUUCCCCUAAUCUGGUAUUAGAGACAAGGACCCGUGAGAGGCAGGCAGUCCCUGUGCAUUCCAACUUUGUACCGUUCCCCCUGCAGUGUCCACCAUUUGUCCCACUGCCAUACAUGGAUUUAUUCAUUAUAGGAUUGGUGUUUCCUUUUGUGUUGACACCAAAAAUGCAGCAGUGAAAAGGGACUUGAAAUUUGGCGAGACACUGAGCGUGGUUGAGAAUGCGUGCUGUGCCUUACUAUGGAUAGCACAGGGUCACACUGUCUUUAUCUUUACUGCCUCUGAUUUAUUUUAUUUUAUUGAAAAUCUACUGAAUAUAUAAUAUUUAUAUAAUAAUUAUAUUAACAAUAAUAAUUUUGUGUUUCACAUAUUGUGGUGUGAAGGUACCAACCCAUAAAAAUGCACAGUUGUAUUUCUCCACAACCAUGGGGACAGGAGGACGAGGAAGUUCCUUAGUACUCUGGAAAGUUGUGAAGAAUGAGGAUGGUGAGAAAAUUGAGUUUUUCAUCACUUAGAGGUCAGCCAGACCUUGUAAUCAAUUUUCUCAUUGUUUAAGAGCCACCCUUGUCCGUCUGCCAAAUUGGACCAGCAGCUAGUUGAGCCCAAUAGUGCGCCCUCCAGAACACUAGCGCAGUAGGUCACCAACGAAAUGUUUGUAAUCCACUCAGCAGAGGGGGCCAAUGGCUCCAACUGGCAUCAGACACUGAACAAAGAAUUGGUUGCCUUGCUCUGGAUAGAGACUGACACCCAUAAUCAAUUUCAUAAUUGGAUUGUGAUGGUCUCAACAACAGGAUACUCUGUAUUACCAUAUAAUCCUAAAGGAAGAUUAGAGAGAGUAAAUUGGAACUUUUAAAUGUGAAGAUUCAGAUACACGUAUAACUUCACCUGUUCUGAAAUCUAAGUGUGAAAUGAUCUGUCACGCUGGCGCGACCUGCAUUUUAUAGUCAUUUUCAGGCAUUGCACUUCCAUGAGUGUGAAACCAAUGAGAGUGGGGCUGGAGGUUUUGUAAUGCACCUGGCUGCUUUUGAUGGAUUCUCUGUAUACUGCAGUGGUGCACAGUGAGCACAGAGCACUGUGGAAACCUAUUGAUCUCAAUCAGAGAGUGAGGGAGAGCUUGUCUCCUCACUGCAGCAUUGUGCAGUUCAUGAAGGAGAACUGCCAAGACACUGCACUCACAAAAAUGAAUAUCUGGAAACAUGUUUGUUGUUGGAAUAAAAAUACAGGAAAUGUUUGAAAGCACAGUAUUCAUCUGUUAGCUUGUUGUGCAUCAGUGCUCAUUCAUUUCAUUCUGUAAAGCUCCACAAACUCCACUUCAGCUGUGCCCAUUAAAGGAGAGAUUUCUUCUGUUAGCAAUAUAAUUAAUAAUUCAUGAAAAGAUGUUGGAAGACAUUGAUGAAAUAAAAGUAUUUGGCAAACA